AUGUCAGUCAGCAGAGCAACAACUGUGGCGGAAGGCGACGGUACCACCACCGUUAGGGCAAGAAUUCUUCCAGAUUUUCAUCAGAGCGUGAAACUCAAGUACGUCAAGUUAGGUUACCACUACUUAAUCUCAAAUUACUUAACUCUUUCUUUCAUCCCCUUAAUCAUCAUCACUUUAAUACAAUUCUCACCAACGCAAUACCUAUACCACCUCUUACUUGUACAAGGCAACUACAAUUUCAUCACUUUCACCGCUUUCAUAAUCUUCUCUUUCACUCUCUAUCUUCACACGCGCCCACGCGCCGUCUACCUCGUCGACUUCUCUUGCUUCCGUCCUGCCGAUCACCUCAAAGCUCCAUUCCACAGCUUCAUCCAACACUCUCGUCUCACUGGCGACUUCGACGAAUCUUCUUUGGAUUUCCAGCGCAAGAUUCUUCUUCGUUCCGGUCUUGGUGAUGAAACCUACGUUCCCGAAGCCAUGCAUUGCAUUCCUCCCCGUCCUUCAAUCUCUGCGGCGAGAUGCGAAGCAGAAUCCGUUAUGUUUGGUGCGUUGGAUAAUCUUUUCAUCAAUACAAACCUAAAUCCAAAAGAAAUUGGAAUUCUUGUUGUGAAUUGUAGUUUGUUUAACCCUACACCUUCACUUUCUUCAAUGAUUGUUAAUAAAUAUAAACUCAGAAGUAACAUUAUGAGUUUCAAUUUAGGUGGAAUGGGUUGUAGUGCUGGUGUUAUAGCUAUUGAUCUUGCAAGAGAUUUGUUGAGGGUUCAAAACAAUAAUACUUAUGCUGUUGUUGUUAGCACUGAAAAUAUUACUCAGAAUUGGUACUUUGGGAAUAAAAAAUCAAUGCUUAUACCUAACUGUUUGUUUAGAGUUGGUGGUUCAGCUUUGUUGCUAUCGAAUAAAUCUGGUGAUAGAGCCAGGGCUAAGUAUAAGCUUGUUCAUGUUGUGAGGACCCAUUGCGGUGCAGACGAUAAGGCCUUUCGAUGUGUUUAUCAGGAAGAAGAUGAUUUGGGAAAAACCGGUGUUUCGUUGUCGAAAGACUUGAUGGAAAUUGCUGGCUUGUCAUUGAAAACCAAUAUAACUACACUUGGUCCUUUGGUGCUUCCGGUUACUCAGCAACUUAGGUUUUUUGCUAAUUUGGUUUUUAGCAAGUUUUCUAAAAGUGAUGUGAAGCCUUAUAUACCAGAUUUCAAACUCGCAAUCGAUCAUUUCUGUAUCCAUGCUGGUGGAAGGGCUGUGAUUGAUGAGUUGGAGAAGAAUCUUGACUUGCUUCCUGUACAUGUGGAGCCUUCUAGGAUGACGCUUCAUCGGUUCGGGAACACUUCCUCGAGCUCUAUUUGGUAUGAAUUGUCAUAUAUCGAAGCUAAAGGGAGGGUAAAGAAGGGUAACAAAGUUUGGCAAAUUGCAUUUGGAAGUGGUUUUAAGUGUAAUAGUGCUGUUUGGGAGGCGAUUCGUGAUGUGAAGCCUUCUCCUAAUGGACCAUGGGAAGAUUGUAUUGACAAGUAUCCUGUAGAAAUACUGCCAUAG